AUGUAGCAAGAGUCUAACUUAAGAUAUACUUAAUAUCAUUUAACACAUCCUAUUCCUGAUGAGAAUCACAUAGAAAAUGUGUUUGAAUCCUUUAUUACCGAGUAUAAAUAGUUUAGAAUGAAUGUACCUAUUGGAUGUAUUACUGAUAAAUGCUCUAAAAAAUAGAAAGAAAAAAUUGAUUUAAGUUUAUUUUGUGGAGCAGGAGGAUAUCUAUAUUUGUAUUUGAGAAUCUAUGAAUUUGUUAAGGGAUUGAGUUCAGAGAUGUAAUAAAAAUGUACAAAAGGAUUGAGUGAUUAAGAGUUAUCAGAAUUUUAUAAUCCUGAAACAUUUUUAUAAUUGGCAUUAAGAUAAUAUUAGGCUUUGUAAAUUGAAAUAAAAAAAGACUCUAACAUCUCAUUUUUCAUGAGUAGUUCAACCAUAUAUUUAUUGGGAACUGACUUGUUCUAUUAUAUGAAAGAUAAAGAGAAUUUUAAGAAAUGUACUAUGGAAGUACUUAGUAGUUUUAGUGAAAUAGUUGCUUAACCAGAGAAAUAUGAAUAAGAAUUAUUAUAUGGUAUACCAGGCUACCUUUACAAUUUAUUAAGAUUACAUAAGAAAUAUUCAAAUGAAUAAGAUCCAUAUUAAUUGGAUCUAUCUUCUCAUGUUCACACAUUAUGCUAAAUAAUAUGUAAAUUUGUAGGUAAGGAUGUAAUGAAAUGUGAUUUUCAUAAUAGAUAAUAUUUUGGGGCAGUUCAUGGGAUUUUGGGAGUAAUUUAAAUGUUAUUAUUGAGUUAUGAAACAUGUAAAGAAUAUUUUCACUUAAAAAAUGAAUAAGGACUUUUAGAGAUGUUAGAUUCAAUUUAGAAAACAUUGGAUUAAUUAAUUAAAUUAUAUUACUAAAAUGGAAAUAUUCCAUCAUCAAUUUAAAACUUAAAUAAUUUGAAACUAUAUUAGUUUUGUCAUGGAAUAUCAGGAGCUAUAGCUCCACUACUGAAAGCUUAUUAAAUAUUUAAUAAAUAAGACUAUUUAGAUGCAGCUAUACAUAUGAGUGAAAAUCUAUACAAAUUUGGUAUGAUUAAGAAAGGAUUUGGAUUAUGCCAUGGAAUACCAGGAAAUAGCUAUGGAUUUAUGUAACUUUAUAGAUUAAUGGGAAAUGAGAAGUAAAGACAAUAUGCUUAUUAGUUUUUAUAAUACAAGAAAAAUGUUUAUGUUUAUAAUGAAAUAAAAAAUUUUCCAUUUAAUGAUCGAUAUUUGAUUGAAGUAUCAGAUCAACCAUUUAGUUUGAUGAUUGGAAGUGUAGGGGAUAUGUGUGCAAUGAUGGAUUUCAUUGAUUAUAAAGGUAUGCCAGGAUUUGAAAUUUGA